AUGCCGCCCAGAUUAUCCGCCCUGCGGGCGUUCAGCUCGCUGACGUCCAAUCCGACCCCAUGCCUGUCACUAUUCGCCCCGCUGCUCCAGCAGCCGCUGCAAACCCGCGCCGCGUCCAUUCUCGCCGGUCUGUCUGACGUGCCCGCUGCCUACAACAAGAGGAUACGACGAGGCCGCGGUCCCGCCUCGGGGAAAGGAAAGACGUCAGGACGCGGUCACAAGGGUCAGAAGCAGCAUGGAAAGGUGCCCGUCGGCUUCAAUGGCGGCCAGACGCCGUACGAAGUGACGCAUCCGGAGAAGGGCUUUGUCAACCAGUUCUCGGUGGAGAUGAGCCCAUUGAACUUGGACCGCCUGCAGCAAUGGAUCGAUCAAGGCCGCAUCGAUCCGUCGCAGCCCAUAACCAUGAAGGAGCUUCACAAGUCGAGGUGCUUGCAUGGCGUCAAGGACGGCGUGAAAUUGCUGGCCAGGGGCUCCGAGCAGCUGCGCACUCCGGUGAAUCUCGUAGUUUCGCGUGCCUCCGCUGCCGCCAUUGCCGCAGUUGAAGCUGCAGGGGGCUCGGUGAUCACCAGGUACUACUCUCCCAACGCCAUCAAGCAUGUCCUGCGUGGUCUUAGCGACCCCAUCGCCUCCGCCCAAAUGCCGAGUGAAAUUGCUUCCGCAUCCGGCAACUUCAAGUACAGACUUCCCGAUGCCACCAGCAGAAAAGACAUCGAAUACUACCGUGACGCUGCCCACCGCGGCUACCUCAGUCACCAGGUCGCUCCUGGAGAAGGCCCAAGUUUGUUCUUCAAGACGCCGGGUUCGAGCAGGGCGGGCAAGAAGGGUUCCACGAAGGCGAAGGGACCGUCCAAGGCCGAAAACCGGAUUUGGUGA